GUAGAGAUACCAAAUAAAAGGUCAAGGUCAAGGUCAAGAAGCCGAGGAAGGUCUGAAAUUGAAAACCCUGGUACCACUCUCUAUGUGACUGGCCUAUCUACAAGGGUCACUGAGAAUGAUCUUGAAACACAUUUCUCCAAGGAAGGAAAGGUUGCGUCGUGCUUUCUUGUGACCGAGCCUCGCACCCGUGUGUCUCGUGGUUUUGCCUUUGUUACAAUGGAUAGCCUUAAAGAUGCUGAGCGGUGCAUUAAGUAUCUCAACCAGUCUGUUCUAGAAGGCCGAUACAUAACUGUCGAAAAGUCCCGAAGAAAGCGCCCGAGAACUCCCACUCCUGGCCACUAUCUUGGCUUGAAAAGCUCCAGAGAAAAUGACCGAGAAGGCCGUAGCACUCGAGGGAGGCACUAUGAUCGAGAUGAUUAUGGACAUGGUAGGUCACCAAGACGGGACUAUUCGCCUCGUGAUGCAGGAAGGUCACCAAGACGGGACUAUUCGCCUCGUGAUGCAGGAAGGUCACCAAGGCACGACUAUUCACCUCGUGAUGGAAGAAAGUCACCAAGACGUGACCAUUCACCUCGUGGUGGAAGAAGUUCCAGAAGAGAUCGGUCUUACUCUCCUUAUGGAAGAAGUCCAGAGAGAAGGUCAGAGAGAAGGUCAGAGAGAAGGUAUCAACCCCGUGACUCGAGAUGACCUGUUUAGCUCUGUUGACAAAGGAAUACAAGAACUUCUAUGUUGAUGUAGGUUGUGUGAUUGAUCAUCUCUAAAAUACCCCAGAGAUUCUGUCGGUUGACGCUUUUGGUUUCUGUGUCUCUUCUCUUGUUUGCUUUUUGAAUGUAUGUUGCAAAACGUAGUGAAGU